AUGUCGACGAUAGAAUCCAUUAAGAAGCUUAGUGAGCCCAAUGAGGAGUUUGCAGCCUUCCUCAAAGCAACUCCACUCCCACGACCAGACUGGAGGGAUUUUGAAGCACACAAGAAAACCAGACAUGAGACGGAACAGCAAAACAUCAAAGCUCUAGGUCCACCACCUCCAGAAGUCCAGGAGAGCUUCUCCAAGAUCGCCAUGCGAGAUGGCUUCGACAGUGAGCUGAAAAUCUUCAAGCCCACGAACCCUCCAUCAUCCGGUAGUCCUCUCGUCAUCCUCAUCUUCGGAGGUGGAUUCGUGGUCGGCAGUAAUGGGCAAAUGACCGCCGUCGCCCGUCAGCUAACCAAAGUCUUCGGCGCCACCGUAGUCAAUAUCUCCUAUCGUCUUGCGCCAGAACAUAAAUUCCCCACCGGCGUGAACGAUGCAUGGGAUUCCGUACAAUGGAUCGCAGCCAACGCUUCCUCUCUCGGCGCAGACCCCAGCAAAGGUUUCAUUGUGGGAGGUGUAUCCGCUGGCGCGAACAUCACGGCCGUCAUUGCACAAAAGUACUUGGACGAAGGAAUCUCACCUCCUAUGACGGGUCUCUGGCUCUCAGUCCCGCUUCUAUUCUCAUUCAAGGAGAAUGUUCCGGAAAAAUAUAGAGAUCAAUGGUUUUCGCGGGAGCAGAAUAAAGAUGCCCCUGUCUUGGAUGGCAAUGCUUUGGAUGCCAUCUGGGAUCACCUGGCGCCGGAUACGGACUCGGAGUGGUUCUCUCCUUAUAAUGGUCAAAAUCCUCACAAAGGUUUGCCGCCUACAUAUCUUCAAGUUGAUGGCCUCGAUCCUUUGCGUGACGACGGUUUGAUCCACGAGCAAGUGCUUCGAAAUCAUGGAGUGAAGACCAAGUUGACGGUUUGGCCCGGCUUGCCACAUGCGCACUUUGCUUUCUUCCCAAUGCUGAAAUGUGGAAAGUUGGCUGUCAUUGAUACUUUUGAGGGUCUUGGCUGGCUUCUGGGGAAGAUAGAGACUGCGUAG